AUGACGGAUUUGUUGUGGUCUGACCCUUCGCCCAUUCCCGGGCGAUCGCCGUCGAAGCGAGGCGUCGCCUGUCAGUUCGGGCCUGACAUCACUGCAUCAUUUCUCAAACAAAAUAAUUUGAAGCUCGUCAUCCGCUCCCACGAGAUGAAGGACGAAGGCUACGAAGUGGAACACAAUGGCAAGCUGAUAACGGUCUUCAGCGCGCCGAACUACUGCGACCAGAUGAAGAACAAAGGGGCUUUCAUUCG